UCACUUCGCUUGUCACGGUUGCAAAGGGAAAAGGUGGUUGCGUUUUGUUGUGUUUCCUCGCCUGCCUUGAUUAAAAAAAAAAAAAAGGAUUAGGCGAGACUGACGCUGGAAAGUGGAAAAGCCGCAACCGCAGUACCCAUCCAUCCAUCUACUGUCCCUACAGCAACAAAAGGCAAAAAAGCACCAGCCGGACGAAGUGAAUGGUAAACGGAUCAUUCGCAAACGACACGGACGCAUCACUUGUCUGCGGAGUUGGCAUGGUCGAUCUUGUGCGCGCACUUUCCAUCAAGCGAUGAGCGCACGUGUUGUACAACAACAACCAACGUCAUUUAUUAGAGAAAGUAACACGCACAAAAAUGCCAAGACAGAAAAACACCAGUCCUACGAAGAACGUUUCUGGGACAACGGAGACGCUCUUUACAAAUCCUGCGGACGCGGAAGUGCCCGAUUGCAGUGCUUCCGAGCAGUGCGACCUCGUAGAAUUAGUACCAGUUGCAAGAAAUGAUCAGAGAAGAAAUAAAAAACGUCGCUCAAAUGUUCCACCAGGGGUGCAUAACACGAUUUCCCAGUUUGACUUCUGUAUUCCUAUCGUUCAUCCUACGAAGGUGGUUAGCAAGGAUAAAGUUCAAGUAGGGAGCCUAUUUCGACUCGGAGGCAUCACCUUUGCAGCUACCGUUAGUGGCAAGCUUGGAUCUCUUAUUAACGGUGAAAACAUUUACAUUGGUUACCUACAAGACAGGGAAUCUUUGGAACUGCUCUGGUCCAAUGGUACAGAGGCAACACUGCUUCAAGUUUCGUGUUCAAUCCCGCUUGAACUGCUGCAAAUCCUCGCAAAGCCGUACACAGUUUAUUUGUCUCUGAAGAACGUGGAAAAUUUGUGCGUCGAAGUGGAUGUAAAACUUCCGAGUACCAGACUCUACAAACCCCUGUCUGCGAUCGACGUCGGACGGGCAUCGGUGUCCGAGGACACAAGGAAAGUUGUCGAGUAUUUCUUCCAACUGCCACACCCUGAGAGGUGCUCGGAAGAACAGAGGUCGUCUCGCCACGACCGCGAGGUGCUCUACGAGCGGAUACGUCGCAGGCAGCGGGCGGAGGAGAUUCCCCUGGAACAGUUUGACGUGAAGCAUCCACACCUGAAGCCAACGUUACGUCGGUACCAAGAAGAAGCCGUUCGGUGGAUGAUCCACAGGGAGCGACGGGAUCUCGGGGAAUAUACGGAAAAUUUCCUUUACACAAAACUGUCCGACUCGGAGGGCAAGUCUCUGUGGUACAGCACUCACUGCGGGUUCUUUGCGACGGAGAAACUGGAUUUUAUGGCAGCCAAUCAGAGAGGGGGUAUCCUGGCAGACGAAAUGGGCCUCGGAAAGACAGUGGAGUUGCUGGCGUGCAUCUUGUUGAACCCCAUGCCCGAGCAAAGUCUGACUACGGAGCAUUGCAGCGAAGACACAGGGAGUAAGAACUGCUCAGUUGGUGAUGAAGAGGAAGCGUUGACGUUCAAGUGUUUUUGCGGGGAGCUUGGCAUCUUUGAUGACUUUGAAGACCUGGUACAGUGCUCAGAAUGCCGAGUUUAUCAACACUCUGCUUGCACUGGCUCCGCGGAUGACGACUACCUGUGCCCUCAAUGUUGGACGGACCCCAAACGGGAAACAUUGAAGAUCAAGGCGACCCUCAUAAUUUGUCCGGCCAGUAUCAGUUUCCAGUGGCAAGAGGAAAGUGAGAAGCAUUUGAGCUCGACGUCCGUCCUGGUUUAUGAAGGAGUUCAGAAGCAGGGCUUCAUCUCACCCGCGACUUUGGCAACGUACGACAUUGUUCUUGUCACCUAUGACGUCUUGGGAAGGGAAAUCUAUCUCGUUGACUUCCCAUCGAGGAAUGACGACGCUCGAUCUAUGAGGAGGCCCCAAAAGUUUCUGCACGCACCGAGUCCCCUGCCAGCCGUCACAUGGUGGCGCAUCUGCUUGGAUGAGGCGCAGAUGGUCGAGAGCACUACUACCAAGUGCUCCCAGAUGGCUCUCAAGCUGGAUGCCGUCAAUCGUUGGUGCGUUACUGGCACUCCGAUCCAGAAGGGACUGAAAGAUCUUUACGGUCUGUUGCUGUUUCUUGGUGAGGAGCCGUACAAUGUACAACUUUGGUGGAGUGAGUUGCUUCUCGGUCCGUACUGCAGUGGAACAACAGAGCCAUUGGUGUCUGUUCUGUCCAAGUGCUUUCGAAGGAUCAUGAAGAAGGACGUAUUAGACCAGAUAGGAGUUCCACCUCAGGAGAGCUUCUACCACCCGCUGAGUUUUUCGGCGAUCGAAGAAGUCUUCUACAAACGCCAGGCUCAGGCCUGCUCCGCGGCAUUGGCGAGGGAGAUCCACAAGUACCACAACGUUGACACGAAGAUGGGGCAGCUGGAUCCUCACUCAGUUACACUCCUCAUCAAGCCCCUGACAUCACUUAGACAAGCGUGCUGCCACCCACAGGCUGUCAGAGGAAAGUUCCUGCCACUAAGAACAGACUCCCUCACAAUAGAGGAACUGUUGACUUGCUUGAUCAAAAAGACUACCACAGAAUGUGAAGAGGCACAUAGACUCAUGGUCGCCGCUAUGAACGGCUUGGCAGGAGUGCACAUAAUUAAAGAUGAACUACAGGAAGCUGCGGAAAUGUACCGUCAGGUCUUGUGGUCAGCCAAAGAUCACAGCAAAGACAUCAAGACGGACAAACUUCAGCAGCUGCACGCUGUGCACAACCUGGCUCAGUUGCUCGAAUCCUGUAAUGAUGGUGCACAAAGUGUAAACGGAUUGAGCAGUUCGACGUGUGAUAUUGAGUGUGUCUCCGUUCUGGACGAACCUGGUACCUGCAGAGCACCGGCUGGUUUAAGUUCCGAAAGUGGUUGUGGUGACUCAAACGAUAGUUCCGACAGUGACACGUGUUCGGAUACGGAAAUUGAAGAAGAAUUUUUGUGCGACACAACGCAGCCUCCUUCAGCGAAAGACGUGCAACGCCCUCGUAAUGAGGGGCAUGUUUCUCGUGGGUUGUCUUUGAAUGCUGAAUCACGCGCGGCAUUUGACUCAGCUUCUGAGGCUGAGUCACUAGCAAAUGUAUCAUCUAAGAUUGAGUCACAAUCAUCAGCAACAAAUAGUUCAUCCUGUUGGGCCGAGUCUGGCUCGGUGGUAAGUGGUGGCUCACCCUUAAAGAAUGAACGGCAUUCAUCGGUGAGAGACGAAUCACAUUCAUCAACGUUACAUGCGGGACACUCGAAGAGCGAAUCUCGGAACAAGGUGUACAUUGCGCGUGCCCCAGGCGACGACAGAUUACGCCGGGAAGCAGGGAAACUCAGGAAGUACUACUUGGAUAAGUACGGAUCGAAGAUAAAACCCUGCCGACGCCAAAUGAAGGAAGCCUUUAGGACCGUGAAAGAAAAUAUGCGCGCAUUCUUACUUCCAAAGAGCGAACCAUGGUGGGUCGUCCUCCUCGACGGUUGCAUCCAAAGGGACAGGGACGAGUGGUUAGUAGACAGAGUGAAGGCUGACCUCGAGAAUAAGAAAUGUGUCGUCUACGUGUUGAAGGAUAGAUUCACAAAUGCACACGGCUUACAGUAUGUACUUCAAAGUGAGCUGACCAAGCUGCACGAUACACGCACGCUUCUUCAAAAGGACGUUCGCGGCCUCUCGGCCCGGCCGUCUGCUCAGGAUGUCGCUUCAGCUGUUGAUUGCCACUUGAGGCCUAGGAAAAAGAGCAGAGAGAAGUGCGUAUACUGCAGAUGUCACGAGAAAUUCAACGUGUACGAAAGUCGUCUGUUCUGCUUCGACGAGGAAACGGGGCACGAGGAGGCGCAGGACAAGGACGUUGCCCUGUUGCUCAAAACGCGUCGCGGAAACUGGGGAGACAGUGAACUGGAGAAGAUCAUUCGGUGCCUCUGUCGUCACGUCAACAUCAUCGGUGAAAAAGCUGUCAGCUCCGAUGCCAGCCUUCACGCAAAAUUGUUUUCCACGCUGAAGAACGAGUUCCGGGCAAUGCGUGCCUAUUACAUGCAAGUCCGUGACUUCGUUGCCGCGCUGGACGAACUCGAAAUGGCCACUGUGCGGUUGGAAGUUCAACUUCCGGAGCCGUCGUCCAGGGCGAGGAGGGGCAAAGAAGAUGAGAAACCCAUGAAUGUCUUGCGGCCGUGGGAGGUGGAAGAUCAAAGAUGUAAGCUGCUGGCAGAGCGACAGUUUCACGGGACGGACCUGAAAAGGAAACUCGGACAACUGUUUUACCUGCGUAAUCUGGAAAAAGGCAGCAGCAUGAGCGAUGGGUCAAGCAACGCAGAGCUCUGCCCAGUGUGCCACAGCGCCCUCGGGGAGAAGUGGAGCGUAUUACAGUGCGGCCACGCAUUCUGCAUCAGCUGCAUCCAGAUGAUGCUGUCCUCUCCGCGGCUGUCCCACGGAGGAAACGUCUCCUGCGCCGUCUGCCGAAGCGCUUGCGCCCAUAACGAGGUCUUCUACGUCGACAUGCGUUCCAAGGAGAAUCCGGACCCUGACAUACAAGUCAAGGGAAAUUACUCUACGAAAGUGGAGGCCGUCGUACGCACCAUUCUCAAGAUAAGACGAGACGACCCUUCUGCAAAGUCCAUAGUCUUCUCUAAGUGGUUGGCUGUAAUAGAAAUCCUGAAGAAGGCCUUCGGGGACAAUGACAUUGAAUUCACUACCUUCGUCCACAGAAGCACAGCCAAGAACAACCUGGCUCUGUUUCGGCACGAGCCCGACAUUUCCGUGCUGUUGAUGCCACUCAGCUUUGGUGCCAAGGGUCUCAACAUCACGGAGGCGACCAACGUGCUACUCGUGGAACCUAUCCUCAACCUGGGUGAAGAACUGCAGGCCAUUGGAAGGGUUCACAGGAUAGGCCAGACGCGGAAAACCUACGUGCACCGGUUCAUGGUGCGCGGCACCAUUGAAGAACGCAUCGUAGAAUACAUGAAGACUUCCCCCGUGUGUGUGGACGGUGUUAAGGAGCAGGAUGCCAUGACAAUAGGAGAUUUGCAGAAGUUAUUUGAUUAAGUCAACGAGCCAAUGACUAGCAAAUUGGAAUGGUCGAGCGAGCUGCUGUACGGUAGAAAGAGGUAACGUUUCCUUAAGUUUGCGGACAACGAAGACCUUCAAGGAAGACGAAAAGUUGUCCUCUUUGUCUUAUGUGUCCCUCAAACUCAAGGAAAUGUGACCUCUUUCAAUGACGAAGGUUUUAGUGCUUCACUUUUUAAUGUUCAUUGCUGAAAGUCAUCAAAUCAUCCUUUUUAUAUAACUAAUUCAAGUUGUAUAGAACUUUUUAUACUAUUAAAAGUCAUUAAUUCUA